UUUAGGAGUCAUAACAUGAAUGGAGUCUUAUCUUAUGCAAAGUUUCCAGAAACGGAAAGUUUGUUACGUGCCUGGAAGGGUUCCGAGAACCUUGUACCUAGAAUAGGUUUUUUGUUUUUGUCCAAAGAUGGCAUUGAAUUUGAAGAGUUGUGGAGGGCUUGGUUUCGGGGAAAUGAAGAGAAGGCUUUAGUGUUGAUACACUGUGAUAAAUGUACUGAUUCUGAGACCAGUGACUGGUUGAACGAGCAUCGCACUAGCGUUCAAGUAAACACUGCCUGGGGACAUCCCAAUUUGACAAAGGCUAUGAUUCUUCUUUUAAACGAAGCUUUUGCGCAAGACAGUGAUGGAAGGAUUGCAAAGGUUGUGUUUCUUUCUGAUAAAUGUGUGCCGCUGCAGAGUUUUGAUGGUUGCUACAGACUUCUUCUGUCCGAUCCUUAUUGUUGGUUACAUAGGACUGUGGAUCAACUUCCACAACUUGUAGAACUUCCUAAGGCAUCACAGUGGAUAGCCCUUAAUCGUGAUGCUUUAAUAGUUGCAAAGAAUUUUACUCUGUUUGAAUAUUAUUCUGAUAUGGUAUAUAUUCGCAAAGCUGCUGAGUGGAAUUUGUUGACAGACGAAUUUUAUUUUGCUAAUCUUCUUGUAGAAAAUCAAAUGUGGGUACAAAUUCAGAAUCGAACGAUGACUUGGCUUAAAUGGACAAACGGGAGCAGUCCUGUAACCUUCUCUUCAGUAGUUGAUCUUGAAAGUGUCAAGGAACUUUUGUUCCAAGCUAAACUCAACGGUGUACUUUUUGCCCGGAAAUUUUUACGGAGCACUAAUUACGAAGCUCUUGGACUACAUCAUGUGCCAUUUUUGGUCAACAAAUCUUCUAUAAGCUCUAUCCCGACUCCUUACAUCUCCAACGCAGGUAUUAUCAUAUAGCUCCUGUUGUUCGUGACUAGUUGUUCUUGGUGUUUCUUCAUUCUCUUCUAAACGCAACAAGAUAUGAAUGAGUCUAUCGUGAAACAACCAAAAUGUGCAUUUUUGGAAAUGGUUCAAACAAUUCAUUCAACUGCCACUUAUCCUUUAAAAAUCAGAGAAGAAAGCAUGGGAAUUCGUCUUCCUCCUAAUAAACGAUGGAAUAAAGGAUGGAUUGGACUACACUGUCGAAACGGACAGAAGAAGCUACUUGAAGAAUAGCUGCAAAGUCUGAAAACGAUUUUUUGAUCGGAUUUUACAUAGGUAUAACGCAUCAUUAGUCAAACUAAAAGUUUGUGGUCAAAGUAAUGGUCUUUGUGAAGAACCAAAGUCAACUACUGCACCCAACUCUACACAAAAUCAAUUCCUUGGUUUUGCAGAAUAAGUAGGCUGAUCUGGAAAUAUCCGUGUAAGGAAACUAAAGUGUUACAAGGACUAAAAGUUCAAACUCUCAACCGAUUCAUCAGACUGCGAUAGAACCACGGCCACUGUAACUUUUCCAACGGUGUUCUUUCUUAUCGCAGGCAGGUUGUCUAUCUAUCUAUCGACAAGUAUUUACACCAUUUCGUUGGUUUCCUAAAGUUACUCUACCCACUGUACAACAUCAUAUUUUAGAGCAGGGUGUGCCCUUUCUUAUU